AUGCUCGAUUGGAGAUCCUUCUGGAUCGACGAGCGAUAUUGUCGCUGCCAACCACACGAGCCCUGCUGGCCACGCUCGGAGGAAUGGGCAGGCCUCAACGCAUCGCUGAAUGGGGUAUUGUCAUCCGUACGACCGGUGGCUUCUGUUUGUCACGACCCCACUUUCAAUGAAACCGCCUGCACCGAAUUGCAUCAGCUCGCAGUCGAUAGUGGGUGGCGAGCCGCACAAGCAGGCGCAUUACAACAUUGGGUGUGGGAAACAGGCACGGGGAACAAUGAGAGCUGCUUAGUGGGAUCGCCGAGGGGGGAGAUCUGCCAUCAGGGCCAGAUCCCACUCUAUUCGGCGGCGGUGGAGUCUGCGCAAGAUGUGCAGCAGGUGGUCCGAUUCGCCAAUGCUCAUCGACUCCGCAUUGUGGUCAAAAAUACCGGACAUGACGGGGCCGGACGCUCCGCGGCUGCAGCCGCGGUGCAAAUUCACAUGCAUCGGCUUCAAAACAUCACCUAUCAUGAAGACUUCCUAGUGAGUGGGGUACCCCGUGUUGGCGCCGGCCGGGCUGUCACUAUCGGAGCAGGGGUCAUGCAUGGUCAGCUCUACGCUAGUGGCGCUCUCCAGGGAUUCCUGGCUGUCGGUGGAGAAUGCCCCACCGUCGGAGCUGCCGGUGGAUUUCUACAGGGAGGAGGAGUAUCAAGCUUCUUCAGUUACGCGCACGGACUGGCUGUGGAUAAUUUAUUGGAGCUGCAGGUGGUCACGGCUGAUGGCAAGGUAGUGAUCGCCAAUGAUCACCAAAACCAAGACCUCUUCUGGGCAAUGCGAGGGGGUGGCGGUGCCACUUUUGGAAUUGUUCUUCAUGCCACCCUGCGAGUUCAUCCUGACAGCCCUGCUGUGGUGACCAGUAUCGCUCUCUCGGCGCCCCACAGCAAUGCUUCGGCUUCAGCUUCAGGGUCCUGGACUGCAGGGCUGACCAGCCUUCUGACCACGCUCCAAUCAAUGAACGCCGUCGCGCACACCCCCGGUCAACUAAUUGUAUCGCCUGCGUCCACGACAGUCCUCCAAGCAACCCUGGACAUAUAUUCUCUCAAUACGAGCGAGGCAUCAGAGGACGUGGAGCAGCGCAUUCGUCACCACCUGUCCCCUCUCAAUUCCUGGAAGGACGUGUCUUACAACGUCACCUCGAAGGUCCUCCCGCGAUUGAGCUCGGCGCUUCGCACCGCCUCCGAUAUUUACCCCGACAACUAUGGCAUCCUGCAAGGAUCGAUGCUCGUCUCGAACCGGCUAUUCUUCUCCGCCGACGGACCGAGGCAGAUGGCGACGACCAUUGCGCGUCUCCCCAUGCAGCCGGGGGAUCUCCUGUUCACCAGCAAUCUCGGCGGCGGGGUGGCGGCCGCAGAUCCUGAUCCUCCGUUCAGCCAGACCGCAAUGCAUCCGGCCUGGCGGUCGUCGGCGCACUUGAUCACCUUCGUGCGGUCGGUGGAACCAUCGAUGGCAGGGAAGACAGCUGCCAUCGAAGAGCUCACUGGCGUGCAACUGCCGCUUCUCUACUCCCUGGAGGAGCCGGCCGCUCGCGUAUCCUACCUCAAUCUGGCUGCUCCAAGCGAGAGCCAAUUCCAGCAAGUCUACUGGGGAGAGCAGCACUACGCGCGUCUUGCUGCCGUGAAACGGAAGGUAGACAAGGACGGCUUGUUCUUUGCCCGGUUCGGAGUGGGCAGUGAGGAGUGGGAUGAAGACGGCACCUGUAGGUGGCCUGUCGGCCGGUUUGCACGGGUUAGGGCGGGCCUCGCUGCGUUUACGCAGAGAUUGGCAAUAUGGCAAUAG